UUAAAUCGCCUCAUCGCCAGAUAUUUGUCAAGUCUCCGCAAACUUGCUUUUGCUGUGCCUUUCUUAUUUUUGAUGGUAACCACCAAAUUCAGCAGUUGAUUCGAAAUUGCAUCUGCCUGUCAACAUGAGCUUAUGUAAGUCCCCAUACUUGUCAACCAGAUGUCUCUCUUACAUUGCAAACAGCGGCGAUUUCAUUGGCUGGCAAGAAACACCCGAAGAGAAGGGCAUGAUGGGAAGAAAGGAAGAAGGAAGACAGCCAUCAAUUGGCUGCGAGGGAGGCUCAAUUGUUACGACUCACAUGUGCCAAAACAAUGAAUCUUUAGUGGCGCGUACCGAGUACAUGUCCCUACGCUAGAGACGCCAUACAGUCUCGGGUAUCUCAGAUGGAGCGAGACUCCGACGGGCAUAAGCACUGGACUAAGCGAAUGCGAGUUGGAGUGAGCCUACUAAUCACCUGAUUGCGUCACGGUUGAAGUUGUCCUUUAUGCGGAAGCUGUAUAAAUUCUCUCAGCUGAGGCCAAACACAGUUUUGCAUUUUCUUCAUGACUGAUUGAGCUCACGCGACUGGACGAGCAAUUGCCGAUUUCAACAAGCUGUUUCACAACUGCUCACCAGAGGACUUGCGUGUAAUUGAGCCUAACCUGCAACUCGCCUUGACAACCCACGACAAUCAACUAAAACCACAAGAGAGAGGUAAAGAGAGAGAGAUAAAGAGAGAGCAAAAAGAAGGCUGAAACCACCAAAACUCAUCAACAAUGUCUCGCUAUUUCCCUCACACCCCCUACGCCGAGGACCAGCCUCUCUCUCGCCUCAUCCUCACAACCCACGUCCUUACCCGCGCCGUCACCACCGGCAGCAUCAUCGGCCUCGUCAUAACGAGCGUCCGCCAAGCCAUCCCCUCCCUCCGCCGUCCCGGCCCUCUGUCCGAGAAACUGCUCCUUUCAGCCACCCGCAGCACCAUCAUCACCACCGCCAUCGUCAGCGUGGGCCUCACGGCGCGGAUGUGGGGCCGGGAACCCAUCGAGUGGCAGGACCGGAGCUGGAGAUUGCUGGAAAACCGGGGCCAGCUCGAGACAGAUGACUGGACGUAUUCCGGCAUGGGGGCGGCAUUGCUGGCAACGGGCGUCAUGGGCGUCAGGGGAGCGGGAGGGCCUGCGAAGCUGGGAUGGCGCGGCGUGACGGGAGCUGCGGGGAUUGGAAGUGUAGGUGGCAUGAUUGGGUACAUGGCGUGGAGGUAUGGCAUCAAUGGGGGCAAGUUUGUUGAAAAGGACAAGAAGGGGGAGAGGAAGGGAAUUUGAGCCAUGGAUGGUGUUGAAAGGGGAAGCGAGGAUAUUGCUGUAAUAACACGAUUUGUAACAACAGGAUGGCACGGCGGAAUGACACUCAUGAACUCAUCUCACAGGGACCCAAGGUAGUUUGAUUAUUUUCUAAUCGCAUAACACGACUUGACUUGU